UGGUUUAAGCCAGGAGUCACGGGGUGGAGGAGACCAGCAGGUGCUGGCGCCGCCCGGGCGGGAGUCGGGGUCGCUGGCGGUGGCGGUAGCAGCGGGUGCGUGAGGGCCGGUGUAGAGAACUGACGGCCCGGCUCGGCCCGGCCCCUCACCACGGGAGCGAGGCCAGGAGAUAAAGAUUUUUCAUCCCAUUGAGGUUCAAUCCCUCUGAAACAAAGCAGUUGCUGUAUGCCCUGGGAAUGCCAGAGUGACUUCAACCUCACUUAUCUCUAGUUUCACUCAAACUAUAGCAAAGGGAGAGAACAAGAACUGUCAUUAUGUCAUCUUACACAAAAAACUAUAAUCCCUUUGAUGAUGAUGAUGAAGAUGAAGAUUCGAAGCCAGUGAAGUGGAACAAUGGAAAUGACAUCUUUGAUGACCCUACUGAAAGGCAAGGUAGGGAGGCUACAAAUAAACAGAGGUAUCUUCAGCAGGAAGUUCUGAGGCGGGCUCAGGCCACAGAGGACAGCACUAAUAGAUCUCUUUCCCUCAUUUAUGAAUCUGAGCAAAUUGGAGUAGUCACAUCAGAGGAACUUGUACGUCAGGGUGAGGCACUAAAGCGCACUGAACGAAUGGUGGAUAAAAUGGAGCAGGAUUUAAAGAUUAGUCAGAGACACAUAAACAGCAUUAAGAGUGUCUUUGGUGGUUUUGUAAACUACUUCAAAUCGAAACCUCCAGAGACCAAGCCUGAGCAGAAUGGAGCCCCUGAGUACCAAGGAAACAGCAGAUUAAAAGAAGCCAUGGUCUUUAGUAAAGAACAGGAGUCAAAGUACCAGGAGAGUCAUCCAAAUUUAAGGAAGCUGCGUAAUUCUGAGUAUGAUUUCAGUGGAACCAAUUCAGAACCUUCUGUCCAAUCUGAUGUUUAUCCAAAGAAUCAACAUCUCCGAGCUUACCACCAGAAAAUUGACAGCAACUUAGAUGACAUGUCCUCUGGGCUGGGUCGUCUGAAAAACCUGGCUCUGGGUCUGCAGACAGAAAUUGAUGAGCAGGAUGACAUUCUUGACCGUCUAACUGGAAAAGUAGACAAAAUGGAUGUCAAUAUUGCAAGCACUGAAAGAAAAAUCCGACAACUUUAAAGACUUCUCAGAAAUUCUUUCCUUCAGUAAAUUUCUGCCUUCCCAUGCUGCUGAAGGCUUAAUUUCUAUAACUAGUCUUUUAGAUCCUAAAAUACCAUUUCAUCUUUCUGUCAGAUACCAUUGAGAAACUUUCCCUCUUAUGUUGGCCUAAGCUUUUUAAAAAUGAUUCUGCAAGCUUACCCUUGAGUGCCAGUUCAACCAACUAUUCUGCUUAAGUGUGCCUGUUAGCAGGGUAGCUCCCUUUUUUUUACAGCAGAACUUCAAAACAGACUCCAAUGAGAAACUGCUGAAUUGGAAUUAUUUGCAAACUGGGCAUCAUUAA